AUGUCUUCUUCUUCUAGGGCCGUGAUGCCCGAGAGCAGCGUGGACGUGGUCCACUGGUGGAGGCACAAGAAUUUACGUUCACUGAAUCUUCUCAUGAUGUUUCCACUGCUGUCUCUUUUUACUCAGGGCUUUGACGGGUCGAUGAUGAAUGGGCUCCAGGCAGUGGAAAGUUGGCGCAGCUAUUUUGGAGAACCGAAAGGAGCUACCCUCGGUUUAUUCAAUGCUGCCUAUCCAAUCGGUGGCCUGGUGGCUAUUCCGUUCAUAUCAUUUGUGUGUGAUGGUUUUGGUCGACGUGCUGGCCUUGCCCUUGGUGCAAUUAUCUGCUGCAUUGGAGCAGCACUCCAAGGCGGUGCCCAGAACCUCGAAAUGUUCGUGAUUGCUCGUGGAAUUCUAGGCUGCGGAACAGUCUUCCUUGGGUCAUCUGGCGCCCCAUUGAUCACAGAGAUUGCACACCCAGCGCACCGAGCUACAGCGACAGCUAUGUUCAACACAACCUACGCCCUUGGAGCAAUUGUUGCGGCCUGGACGACCUUUGGCACAUUUCGCAUCGAUGGCAGCGCUGCGUGGCGAAUUCCCUCCGCCCUUCAGGGCCUUCCGUCCCUUGUCCAACUUCUGGGGUUAUACUUUGUCCCAGAGAGCCCACGUUGGCUUAUAUCCAAGGAUAGAAGCAAUGAAGCACUUGAAAUCCUUGCUAAAUACCACGGAGAAGGCAACAAGGACGAUCCGCUCGUUCGUUUCGAAUUCAACGACAUCCAAGAGGCUCUCCAAUAUGAACACAGUGUGAACAAAGCUAGCUGGAUUCAGAGCUAUUUGCAAUUUACUCGCUCUGCUGGAAAUCGGAAGCGCUUGUUUAUUCUGUUAUGGAGCGCGUGUUUCGCUCAGAUGUCGGGCAAUGCUUUUAUUUCAUAUUACCUCUCGCCAGUUCUCUCGAGUGUGGGAUUGACAUCCAGUCUCGAGCAAACCUUGAUUAAUGCAACCCAGCAGAUGCUUUCGUGGUUUUCCUCGUUAUACUUCGCCACUCUUCCCAACAAGCUUGGACGUCGAGUUCUAUUCCUCGGAUCAGGAACGAGCAUCUUCUUUUGUCUCAUUGGUAUCACCAUUGGCAGUGCUAUUUUCGCCCAAGAUUCUUCAAACAAAGCCGCAGGUGGUGCAGUGGUUGCCUUCCUCUACCUCUUUUCGCCAUGUUAUAAUUUUGGAUUGAACGGCAAUCUCGGUCUCUAUAUUGCGGAGACCCUGCCUUUCCAUCUUCGCAUGAGAGGUCAAGCUUUGUUUCAACUUUUCUCCACUUCCUUCACCCUCCUCGCGGCCUACGCGUUUCCUAUUGGGCUUCAAAACAUCGCAUGGAAGUUCUAUAUCAUCUUUAUCCCGUGGGUGGCCAUCGAGUUUAUUGUAGUUUACUUCGUCUACCCGGAAACCAAGGGAUACUCACUCGAGGAAAUCGCGAUAAUCUUUGAUGGAGACGGCGCGCCUCGUCUAGGGGAUGAUCUAUGUGUGGAUGGCAAGGAUGUUAUUGAUGUUGAACACUCUGAAAUUGUUAGCAAAUAG